GAAGAAGUUCGCACUCUGGAUGCGCCCGGCCACACUAAUCCGUCAGGCUCAAAGAAACCUCCGAAGGGUAGUAGCAAAGGAGUCCGGGACGAUAUUGAACAAGAAGAUGAGCUCGAGUCGUACAUGCGUUUCAUGGAAGAGAAUCCCCAUCUGGGUUUGGUCGCAGACGACGAGGAGGAGAUUUACGAGUACGAUGCUGAGGGAAAUAUUUUCGGAACAGAGAAGAAGGCAAGCAUGAUUGAUCCAUUGCCCCCGGUUGAUCAUUCCAUGAUCAAUUAUGCGCCAUUCGCAAAAAAUUUCUACGUGGAACACGCGGACAUUUCCAGUCUGGACGAAUCGGGCGUGGAAGAAUUGCGACAGAAAUUGGGCCUACGUGUCAGCGGCCCGAGUCCCCUCAGACCGGUCUGUGCGUUCGGUCAUUUGGGUUUUGACGAGCCCCUGAUGGAAGCGAUUCGCAAAGCGGGCUACACAAAACCGACCCCAAUCCAAGCCCAAGCGGUCCCGGUCGCACUGGCCGGGCGGGAUGUGAUCGGGAUUGGGAAAACCGGUAGUGGUAAAACUGCCGCGUUCCUCUGGCCAAUGAUUAUUCACAUUAUGGAUCAGCCUCCGCUCAAGCUGGGCGACGGACCGAUCGGGGUGAUCUGUGCUCCGACUCGAGAACUGGCUCAGCAAAUCUACACUGAGGCUAAAAAAUUGGCCAAAGUGUACAAUUUGACGGUGAUCUGUGCCUACGGUGGCGGGAGCUUAUGGGAACAACAGAAAGCCUGUGAGGCCGGAUGCGAAAUUCUCAUCUGUACCCCGGGUCGCCUGAUUGAUCUAGUGAAGAAAAAGUCAACAAAUCUGCGCCGUACUACCUAUUUGGUGUUUGACGAGGCGGACAAAAUGUUCAAUCUCGGAUUUGGUAAGUGUUGUACGCUCAGGAUGUGA